AUGGACGUCAUCAUCGCUCAGCAUAUCCUACCUGACGAGAGAAAGGCUAAGUUCUUCGUCGGAAAAAGGUCAGACAUCAACGAACCCCUGAUGCCUGAGGGAAAGCCCAAGGAAAAGAGUAUGGAUAAGCCUUCCCCGGCCGGCAAAGAGGCCAAGAGCGGCAAGGAAGACCGUGAAGAUCCAUUUGAUAGAGUCAAAUUGUUCAACGACGAUGGUAGACCGAUGGAUAAGAAUGGGCCAAUUCCUGAAUAUUUGCCGGGGCAGCUUCCAUCACAGCUACCACAACAUCUUCCACCACAGCUACCCCAACAUCUUCCCUUCGAUCAGGGCACGGGACAACCAGGUGGGCCUCCCCGAGCUCAGCACGUAGGUCCUUCUCAACCUACAGGUCCUACAGCGAAUCCUAUUUAUGGCGACCCCUUUUCCGCCCCUACGCCAGCGUCGAAACCACCCCAUAACAUCCAAAUACUGGACGAGUCAUUUGCACCAGAGAAUGGUGCGAACGGCGUGUUCCCUGUUCACAAUCUCCCAUCACAUGGACAAGGCAACAUGCGCCCUUAUACACCACCUCCACACGUUCAGCAUCCACACGGGAACAACUUCCAUGGACCUGAUGCUCGAUCCGGAAAACCGCCGAAUCAACCAGUCAUCACGCAAGAACCACUAAAAGGCGGACACCAUCCUAAGCAAAGGUCGGUGUAUGGCGAUAGCAGCCGCGGAAGCGACGAUGACUACGUCCUCUUCGAAGAUGACGAACACAGCUCUCACACCUCAUAUGGCGAUGAUCACGAGAGGUUUCCUCAUCGCGGCAGCCUGGCGCCCCACCGUCAGUAUUCUGUAAAGAAAGGAGAAAAGACCUACCGCGAACACCGCCGUAGCCCAAGCUACCCAACUGAACCACUACGUCGCAUCGGAGCCCCUCAACGCGAGAGCCGCUACAAUAAUGAUGGUCGUCACCAAGUAGAGACUAUCGUCGCACGUCCUGCCCGCCGCAACUCGUCACGAGAACGGUGCCGACAGAUCCGAUAUGUGCAGCCCCCACGCUUGGAAUUAGAACCUCGUUCCCCAACCUUGACACCCAUCUCCAACUCCGGCUACUCUCCCUGUCGACGACUUCCCAGCCUCCUGUUUCCCAAUGAGGUGCUGGACCGUGAGAGAGAUGACCGGGAACGGGAAAGGAGGGCGGAGGAGUAUAUGCGCUUGGGUGCUCUUCGGGAGCGUGAGGAGGCAGUGCGGAGGAAGGAGAGGGACUUGAAUGAUCGCGAGUUCCUUGAGCGAAGUGGUGUGAAGUUGGGGAGGAGAUCCAGUGGGCAUGGUUGGUAUGAUGGGUAUGAUGGGUAUGAUGGGUAUGAUGGAUAUGAUGGGUAUGAUGGAUAUGAUGGGUACGAUCGGUACAAUCGGUAG